AUGUGUGCGCGCGGCGGUCUUCCCAUCUCUCUGAAGCGCUCCAUCUGCUGACUCUCACCAUGAUUUUAAGAAGAGUUUAGCGAGUGUUUGUUCUUUCUCUUUCCCCUGCAUUGAACCUUUGAACCCCGUUUGAACCGAGAGGAGAUGCACCCAGAGGGACGCGGAGACAUUGUCCGGACACCGCGAGAGGAGGAGAGGAGCAUGUAACCGGGAGAAAGGCACCACCGGCGGCGGCGGCACCACUUGACACUUCCCUCUCCCGCUCCUUGUUCCCUCAUUAUCUGAGGCUUCUCGGCGUGUUGACUGAACUCUCCCCGUUGUUUUUGGAUUAUUAUCUUCAGCAAAAAUGAGCGAAGAAGUGUCAGAGGUCCCCAAAGAGCUCCUGGAGAGUGUGAGGGAUGCAGUGGGGAGGAAGGUGAAGCUGUCGCUGAGGAGGAGAGUCAAACUGGAGAUCAAAGGAGACAAGACGGAGAACAGAGUCUUGGCCCUUGCGUCUCACAGAGCCUACCUCUUGACAGCACGCAUUCCCACCAAGGUUGAACACUCCUUUAAUUAUCUGGAGAUCCAGGGCAUCGCCUGUAACAAGCCGACACAGCUUUUCAUAGAGUACGAGCGUGGCUCCUUCUCUCUGAAGCUGCUUUCUACAGACGAGGUCAAUGAGGUGGUCGCUCACAUAGGAAACUGCCUGCUGAGGAUAUGUCCCGGCCUACCGCCAAAUAAAGUGAUGAAGAAGCUCGUCAUGGAGCCUCCAGAGAGGCUGACCUCUCUGCAGACUCUGUGGGAGAACAACAAGCCUGCAGAGCCUGGACCCUGUGGUGGGUUUUCUCAGAUGUACAGAUGUGUCUGUGACUGGUUGGGGCUGCCUUACAAAGAAGAGGUGCAGUGGGAUGUGGACACCAUCUAUUUAACACAAGACACCAGAGAACUCAACCUGCAGGACUUCAGCCAUCUGGAGAACAGGGAUCUGGUGGCUAUAAUAGCAGUCCUGGAGUUUAACCAGUGGUUCACCAAGCUCUCCACCAAGGACUACAAACUGUCUGCAGAUGUGUGUGAGCAGAUCCUUCGGGUCGUGUCUCGCUCCAGUCGACUGGAAGAGCUGGUUCUGGAUAAUGCAGGACUCAAAACUGAUUUUGCCCAGAAGCUAGCUGCUGCCCUGGCCCACAACCCCAGCUCAGGACUCACAACCAUUAAUCUUGCCAACAACCCACUGGAGGACAGAGGUAUCUCCUCCCUGGGUGCUCAGUUUGCGAAACUUCGUAUGGGGCUCAAGCAUUUAAACUUCUCCAAAACCUCACUAUCACCCAAAGGGGUGAACAGCCUUUGCCAGUCACUGAGUGCCAACCCGUCCAUCCCCAGCAGCCUGGUCCAUCUGGACCUCUCAGGGAACGUCCUCCGAGGAGACGACAUGCAGCAUUUCUACAACUUUCUGGGUCAACCCAACAGCCUGGCAACCCUCGACCUCUCCAACACUGACUGCUCAUUGGACCAGGUUUGCUCUGCUCUGCUGCGAGGCUCGGCCCAACAUCUCUCUGUUCUUAACGUGUCAAAGAGCGUCUUCCCUCACAGGAAAGGCAAAGAGGUGCCUCCAUCAUUUAAGCACUUCUUCAGCAGCGCCAUGUCUCUCAGCUUCAUCAACGUGUCAGGAACCAAGCUGCCGCCAGAGGCCCUCAAAGCUCUCCUGCUCGGCCUUGCAAGUAACCUCAACCUGAAGGACGUGUCUCUAGACCUCAGCUGCUGUGAGUUGCGGUCAGGAGGUUCUCAGAUCCUUGAAGGUUGUAUUGCCGAGAUCCCAAACAUCUCCAGCCUCGACAUCUCUGACAAUGGCCUGGACUCUGACCUGUCCACUCUGCUGGUGUGGUUGGCCAAGAACCGCUCCAUCAGACACCUGUCUCUGGGCAAGAACUUCAACAACAUAAAGUCAAAAAACCUUGCUCCAGUGUUGGACAGCCUGGUCCACAUGAUUCAGGAAGAGGAGUCGCCCCUCACCUCUCUGUCUCUAGCAGACUCCAGACUGAAGAGCGAUCUGACCAUCGUUCUGAACGCCCUCGGCAGCAACUCCUCGCUCACCAGGUUAGACAUCAGCGGGAACGCCAUGGGGGACAUGGGAGCCAAGAUGUUGGCCAAGGCACUACAGAUCAACUCCAAACUCAGGACUGUGAUCUGGGAUAAGAACAACACCAGCCCUCAGGGCCUUCAGGAUGUAGCAGCCGCUCUAGAGAAGAACUUCACCAUUCGUUUCAUGCCCAUCCCCAUCAUCGACGCCUCCCAGGCUCUGAAGGCCAGCCCCGAGAAAACAGAGGACGCCUUGCUAAAGAUUGAGAAUUAUCUGUACAGGAACCAUGAAACAAGAAAAUACCUUCAGGAACAGGCUUAUCGUCUGCAGCAGGGCAUCGUGACCACAACCACUCAACAGAUGAUCGACAGGAUUUGUGUGAAGGUGCAGGACCACCUGAACUCUCUGAGGAACUCUGAGACAGACGUCAUUCUGGAGGACGUCAGGUCAGCAGAGAAUCUCAUCAAAGAUGCGAGGAACUCUAAAACGCUGCUCCCUAACCUUUACCACCUAGGAUCAGCAGCCAGAGAGGAGGUGAACAGCUCGUCAGCAGGACCCAUCCAGGAGAAACUGGAGUCCAUGGCUGGGGAGGUGACUACUGUCAUGGACCAACAACUACAGUCUCUGUUGGAGUCGAUGGUGGAUGCAGCAGAGUCUCUGUGUCCCCAUGUGAUGAAGAGGAGUACUCUUCGUCCAGAGCUGAUGAAGGCCUGCUCAACCAAGAUGGUCGUACCCAAAAGCUUUGUCACUAAAACCCUCCUGGAGCAGUCUGGGGUGGAUAUCAUCAACAAGAUCAGUGAGGUGAAGCUGAGUUUAGCGUCCUUCCUCUCCGAUCGCAUUGUUGAUGAGAUAUUGGAGGCUCUUUCCACUUCCCAACUUACUCUGGCGGACCACUUGGUGCAGCGGGGUCGCCCCUUGGUGCAGCAGGAGUCGGUGGAUCUGGACGUCCCAGAGGAGAAGAUUCCUAAACGUGCAUCGACUGAGUUACUGGAGGGCGAAAGGCUGGAGGAUCUAGAGUCGUGCAUGAUGACUCCUAAAACCAAGAGGAAGAGCAUCCACAGCAGGAUGCUACGGCCCGUGUCUCGUGCCUUUGAGAUGGAGUUUGACCUGGACAAGGCCCUGGAGGACGUUCCUGUCCAUAUGGAAGACAAUUCAACUUCAUCUCAAACUCCACCGACUCCGUCUCAGGUCACGCUGAAACUGGAGCACCGACCGCCAGGAGUGAUGGUGGAGCUGCCGUCUGAGGAGGAAAAGAAGCUGCAGCACUUCACCAAACUGCGCCCGCGCCGGAACAAAAAGAUGCAUUCCAGCAAAAUACCUCAAAUCAACAGUACUCCAUCUCAGGAUGGGGAGCAGAAUGGCCUGAUGGGAAGGGUGGAUGAGGGUGUGGAUGAGUUUUUCUCUACAAAAGUCACCAGGAUGGAUUCCAAACGUUCUAAGGGUUCAGAAUCUCACGAUGGAGAGAAGAAGAAGAGUAAAGGAGGAUUCCUCAACCUCAUCAAACGCUCCGCCAAAUCUGACAAAUCUGAUAAAUCUGAUAAAUCUGAUAAAUCGGACAAAUCAGAUAAGUCUGAGAAGAACCAGGCGACCCCUCGAGCUUCAGGCACAUCCUCAGCAUCUGUAGCCUCAACGCCAGCUUCUAUCCCUGAGGAGCCCUCCUCGCCAAAGGUGGCAUUAAAGAGCCCAGCACUUGAGCCAAAGUCCAGAGACGCGUCCAGCCGCUCGGGGCCCACAGACUACAGCAGCAGCUCAGACCGCUCAGAGGAGCUGAGGACGCCAGACUCCAUAGACGAGCCGUGGGAGUGGUCAGACGGCAGGGGCAGUCCUCAGGGCGGCAGGCGGUACCCGGGGCUGCAGAUGAUGGGCAGCGGGCUUCUGGCAGAGAUGAAGGCCAAGCAGGAGAGGAGAUCAUACAAGUCUUCCAGCCCCGACAGGCCUGACAGCAAUGCAACAGCUGCCAAGCCCCAGCCCAGCAUUCCAGAAACCAGGUCUUCCAGUGGCUCGAUAAAUAAAUCAGAUCCAACUGGUUCUCCAGAGAAGACCCCUCCUCGUGUUGAGACCAAGCCUGACCCGGCCCCUCGUCUCAGGGCUACAUCCUCGUCCAGUUCCCCCGGAGGACCAGUAGGUUCCAAACCCCCGGUGCCACAGGGAGCGAAGCCGGCCCUGGCUGCCCGACCCACCAUCCCACAGAAGCCAAGGAACAACAGCACCAGCAGGAGCAUAGAUGAGGGCUCAGAUUCCCCGAGCAGUGGCGGUGUGUCUCCUAAGGUCCCAGUUCUUCCUACAACGCUGAAGAGGACAGAGAAAGACAAAGAUGGCCAGAGCAGUCUGCAGUCAGGAGGCUCCGCCAACAAAACCACUCAGGAUGGGAGGGCGGGGUCUGUGUCAGACUCCGUUCAGCGACCCAGCCCUCUCCGGACCAACUCUGAGGAUCACGGCUCCUUCAAGAACAAGGACAAAUCUCCAAACCCAGACAAAGACAAGGCAGCAGGCAAGAAGUCCUCCGACUCUGGAGAGGAGGCAGACAAAGACUUUAUUUUAAUAUGAGUAAGACAAAUUCACAGCAAAAAACUGUUGACAAGCCUCACAUGUUUUCCUUUAGAAAAGCAGCUAAAGGAAAAUAUAAUCAAUAUGGUUUCAUUUAUAUUAAAGGUUGUUCCUGCAGGUUCUGUCUGACCACAUAGUACAAAUCAUGGUUGCUUUGCAGGAAGACCUGAUGUCGUAUCAGGUGAUACACUUUCAAAUUAAAGUUAGUUUGGUUUUCUAAAACUCAUCAACACUUGGGGGAAUAACCUCAGUAAAUUUCUCAGUCACAUUCUGUCACCUAGUAAACCAAACUCCUAAGAGCUUCCUUCGUACAAACAGCCUUUACUCCUUUUUUCAUUCCUAAUCUCUGCUGUCAGGUGAAAAUUUCACGCCUCUAAAAGAAGAAAUGAUUCAGCACUUGAGGAAAUGGUUCCAGUGUAUUCAGUCAGUUAAAACUGAAACCUGAAUGAAGUUUAUACACCACUAAAAAAAGAAGUUGCUUUCAGGAAUCUGCAGACUUUUUGUGCUUAAGCCAGACAGAGAGAGAGAGAGAGACUGUAAAACUAUGAGUGUACAUCAGAAACCUCUUCCUUUAACUAAUAAUCGUGUUGCUAUUUGUUGCAGUAGCUCGUCUCCCAGGGACCAAACACAUGUAACAAUAAUACCCGGAUCACUGUACUGUACUUAAACUCAAACUUAUGACCAGACUAGCACCCAAUUGCAUUUUCUUCCUUCACUAUAUUUGUAUAGAUUUUUCUAUAUGCUAUUUUCAGUAUGUGCAAGUUACUUCAGAGGAGACUGAAUCCAUUAUGCAAUUCAUUUUUUUAUUUUUUUUCCAGGAAAAUACAGGUUCAGCUGAGACUCUCAGCCAACCAUAAAUCAAAAACACACAUUUGAUGUAGCAAGCCUUACAGCAAAGAACAAGUCACUCAGAGGAAUCAAACUGGCUGUAAAUGUGACACAAAAAAAACCCAAGUGGACUUUUUGUCUCUGUGUGAGAGAGUUGGAGUGACCAUAUGAAGUGUUGCUUUGGGAGCUCUGUAGUACACUUUAACUUCACUGAUAACCAAUCAAUAAGGCUUCAGCACUGUUAACUAACACUGUUCUCUUUGUUCAGACACUGUGGAAAAAAAACAUUUAUCUCAUGAUACCUUUAACGUCUUUUUAUCUGAGGAGCAUGUGUCAUUAAAGUGCAAUACAGAGUGCCAUCAUAAACAUGUCUGUCGUGGUUUUUGUUUUUUCUUUUAAAAAAAACAACUUUAACAUUUCUAGUUGGUUUUUAUCUGAACAAAUGAGACUAUUAAGCAUUAAAAUAAACUCUUUGGUAUGUCAGUGUUUGUCACAGUCAUACAGACUCUGAAUUGCCCUUAAAGACAGAUGGAUUCCUCACUUAUAUUUAUUAAUAUGCCCCUGGUGUGCUUACUUAAAAAGAGCGAUGUCAUUGAUAAGCUGCUUGAAUGAAACAUGGAAACCACCGACAUGUCUGCAGCUAUUUGAUCUAGAUUCUGAUGGUAACCUUUUGAGUCUGAUCUUUAUGUGAAAGCAGGACACUGAGGGAACUCCAGCCUUCAAACACUUCAGACUUGACCUUCAGGGCUUUCUAAUUCAGUUCACUUUCACUUUAUUCUGUGCAAAGACAAUUCUUUGAAAUUCAACCUUUUGAGGAGUUGGUCUUUUCUGUAAAAUGCAGAAAGCAGUUCUUGCAGUGAAAGUACACUUGGACCUCUAGGCUUCUCUGUAUGUAGCAUUUUAGGACCUGGAUGCUACACAAUAACAACAAUAGCCUAGGUCUAAUUCCACUUUUCUUUGUCUUUUAAGAACAAGAAAUGCCCUUUUCACACUGGUGCACAUCGUCUUAUACUUAUUUUUUCAUACUAUCGAUCAAUUGUUAGUCUAUAAAAUGUCAGAAAGUAGAGAAAAAAGCUCCAUACAAGUUUCUCCAAGUCCAAGGUGAUGCUUUUAAAUGUCUUGUUUUGAAAUCUCCAUAUUUGAGAGGCUGAAAUGGCAUUUUUU